GACGUCGCUGGAGCCAGGAGAUCCGGAUCUGGAUCCAGACCUUGGUUCUGACGUCCCUGGAGCCAGGAGAUCCGGAUCCAGACUCCGGUUCUGAAGUUGCUGGAGCCAGGAGAUCCGAAUCCAGACCUUGGUUCUGAUGUCCCUGGAGCCAGGAGAUCCAGAUCCAGGCUCCGGUUCUGAAGUUACUGGAGCCAGGAGAUCCGGAUCCAGACUCCGGUUCUGAAGUCGCUGAGUCAGGAGGGCCGGGACCUGGUCGUGACGUCCCUGGCACAGCCCGGAUCCAGACUCCGGUUCUGCCCUCCCCGUCUGUGCGAUCACCCCGCUGCUCUCAUGCUGCCCCUGCUGGCGCUGUCUCUCCUGUUGGCGCUGCCCGGCGCCAGCCCCAAGGAGUGCUUCUUCUGCGAGGUGACCUCCUCCCGCUACUGCCCCAGCACCCGGAUGAGCUGCGCCCCGGACGAGGACUGCUUCGUGGGGCAUGGUGCCGCCCUGGGGGUCUCCCUCAUCCAGACCAAGGGCUGCACCCGGGCCAUCCGCUGCGGCAAGGAGCACCCCAUCACCCACAUGGGGGUGACCUACAGCCUGGUCACCCAGUGCUGCAAGGGCAGCCUGUGUAACGGGGCCGGUGCCCGACCGCAAGGGCCCGGCCUGGGCCUGCAGCUGGUGCUGGGCACGGCCGUCCUGCUGGGGGCGCUCUGAGAGACUGGGAGGGGUGUUGGAAGAGGCAUUGGAGGAAUAAAGCCCUGGCACGGGGCGACGG